AUGUCAACAUUGGCCCCCCUGCGCCUGCUCCGUGAGCCCUGGAACGCCAGCGAGGGCAACCAGAGCAACGCCACGGCCGGGGCUGGCGGCGCCUGGUGCCAGGGGUUCAAUGUGCCCAACGAACUCUUCCUCAUGCUGGGGCUGGUGAGCCUGGUGGAGAACCUGCUGGUGGUGGCCGCCAUCCUCAAGAACAGGAACCUGCACUCGCCCAUGUACUACUUCAUUUGUUGCCUGGCCGUCUCCGACAUGCUGGUGAGCGUCAGCAACCUGGCGGAGACGCUCUUCAUGCUGCUGAUGGAGCAUGGCGUGCUGGUGAUCCGCGCCAGCAUCAUCCGCCACAUGGACAACAUCAUCGACAUGCUCAUCUGCAGCUCCGUCGUGUCCUCCCUCUCCUUCCUAGGGGUGAUCGCCGUGGACCGCUACAUCACCAUCUUCUACGCCCUGCGCUACCACAGCAUCAUGACGCUGCAGCGGGCCGUGGUGACUAUGGCCAGCGUCUGGCUGGCCAGCACCGUCUCCAGCACCAUCUUCAUCACCUACUACCGCAACAACGCCAUCCUCCUCUGCCUCAUCAGCUUCUUCCUCUUCAUGCUGAUCCUCAUGCUGGUGCUCUACAUCCACAUGUUCGCCCUGGCCCGCCACCACCUGCGCAGCAUCUCCAGCCAGCAGAAGCACCUGACCGUCUACCACACCAGCAGCCUGAAGGGAGCCGUGACGCUCACCAUCCUGCUGGGCGUCUUCUUCGUCUGCUGGGGGCCCUUCUUCUUCCACCUCAUCCUCAUCGUCACCUGCCCCACCAACCCCUUCUGCACCUGCUUCUUCGGCUACUUCAACCUCUUCCUCAUCCUCAUCAUCUGCAACUCGGUGGUCGACCCCCUCAUCUACGCCUUCCGGAGCCGGGAGCUCCGGCGGACGCUGCGGGAGGUGGUGCUGUGCUCCUGGCGGCGGCGGCGGCGGGGCCGCCCCCCGCGCUGCCGGUGCCGCUCCGCUGCCGGUCCCGCUCCGCUCCCGCUGCGCUCCCGGCCCGGCCGCACCAUGAGGGAGAUCGUCCACAUCCAGGCGGGGCAGUGCGGCAACCAGAUCGGCGCCAAGUUCUGGGAGGUGAUCAGCGAUGAGCACGGCAUAGACCCCAGCGGCAACUACGUGGGCGACUCGGACCUGCAGCUGGAGCGCAUCAGCGUCUACUACAAUGAGGCCUCCUCUCACAAGUACGUGCCUCGCGCCAUCCUGGUGGACCUGGAGCCGGGGACGAUGGACAGCGUGCGCUCGGGUGCCUUCGGGCACCUCUUCCGCCCCGACAACUUCAUUUUCGGUCAGAGUGGGGCCGGCAAUAACUGGGCCAAGGGGCACUACACAGAAGGGGCCGAGCUGGUGGACUCGGUGCUGGACGUGGUGCGGAAGGAGUGCGAAAACUGCGACUGCCUGCAGGGCUUCCAGCUCACCCACUCGCUGGGUGGUGGCACGGGCUCGGGCAUGGGCACCCUGCUGAUCAGCAAGGUGCGCGAGGAGUACCCCGACCGCAUCAUGAACACUUUCAGCGUGGUGCCAUCCCCCAAGGUGUCGGACACGGUGGUGGAGCCCUACAACGCCACCCUCUCCAUCCACCAGCUGGUGGAGAACACGGAUGAGACCUACUGCAUCGACAACGAGGCGCUCUACGACAUCUGCUUCCGCACGCUCAAGCUGGCCACCCCCACCUAUGGCGACCUCAACCACCUCGUCUCUGCCACCAUGAGCGGCGUCACCACCUCCCUGCGCUUCCCCGGGCAGCUCAACGCUGACCUGCGCAAGCUGGCGGUCAACAUGGUGCCCUUCCCACGCCUCCACUUCUUCAUGCCCGGCUUCGCCCCCCUGACGGCCCGCGGGUCCCAGCAGUACCGCGCCCUCACCGUCCCCGAGCUCACCCAGCAGAUGUUUGAUGCCAAGAACAUGAUGGCCGCCUGCGACCCGCGCCACGGCCGCUACCUCACCGUGGCCACCGUCUUCCGCGGCCGCAUGUCCAUGAAGGAGGUGGACGAGCAGAUGCUGGCCAUCCAGAGCAAGAACAGCUCCUACUUCGUGGAGUGGAUCCCCAACAACGUCAAGGUGGCCGUCUGCGACAUCCCGCCCCGGGGGCUGAAGAUGUCCUCCACCUUCAUCGGCAACAGCACGGCCAUCCAGGAGCUCUUCAAGCGCAUCUCGGAGCAGUUCACGGCCAUGUUCCGCCGCAAGGCCUUCCUGCACUGGUACACGGGCGAGGGCAUGGACGAGAUGGAGUUCACCGAGGCCGAGAGCAACAUGAACGACCUGGUGUCCGAGUACCAGCAGUACCAGGACGCCACGGCCGAGGAGGAAGGCGAGAUGUACGAGGACGACGAGGAGGAGUCGGAGGCGCAGGGCGCCAAGUGAUGCCGGCCCCGCUCGCCAUCGUCCCCCGGCCCCGCUGCUUCCCGGGGGGGGCCCCGGCCUCGCCCCUUCGGUGUCUGCUCCCCCCCUCCCCCGCCCUGCGUUAGCUCGGCCCCUCCCGUGACCCCCCUGGCCUCCCCCCCUCCCCCUUUUCGUUUUUUACUGGUUCGUGUCUAAUAUUUUUUUUGGAAUACUCAAUAAAUUUAUUGCUGUCCGGUUC